UUGUUACUUCCACUUUAUUUGCAGAAAUGUUCCUUAUUCUCUAGAAAACAUUAUGCGUUGGCUGACACACUUUCAGUGGGAUUCGUUUUAGAAAAUGACAUGUGACCCUGAUACUAUUUGACAGGCUCCAUGGCAGCAAGGGGCAGGCCUGGGCUUACGGCUCAGCAGAUGAAUCCAGGGCUGUGGACUUGCAAGGACUCUGGAGGGCUCUAGCUUCCCUGUCAUUUUAAAGAUGGAGAAACACAGGCCUGGAGAAAGGAAGAAAUAAACCCAGGGAAUGCGAUAGAUGGCACUGUGCUGGCAGGGGCAGGAAGACCAAGGCUGUGACAUUCCAGGGAGUGCGACUGCAGUGAAGCGAGUGACCACAAAACACUGAACGUAAGCCCUGAGGCUUUGCCACUUGCUGGCACCAAGGACUCUGUAGUGUUGAGCCAAGAGGAUGGACUUUGGAGCCAGACUUUCUGGGUCUAUAAUCAUUCAGUGUCUGUCUCCUCCUCUAAAAUGCGGACGGUGGGAAAUUCUGACACACGCUUCAACACAGAUGCACGUUGAAGACAUUAUGCUAAGUGAAAUGAGCGAGCCAGGCACGAAAGGGAUGGGACUGGGGCCUCUCUGUGCGUCCCCCUGAGGGACAACAGUCUCUUGGCCACCCGCCCUGAUCCCGCAGGAGCCAGGCGGGCCCAGCCCUGAGACAGGCCGCCCGCCGCCCGCAAUUGGACUAAAGAGUGUCCCAGUCGUCCGUGCCGCCCAAUGGGGCACAGCGGUCGGGGUGCGUAGCCGCAGGGGCGUGGUCUGAGGUCCGAGACCCGAGUCCUGGCACUGGAGUUUGCUGACUCCCUCUGGUUUCCGGUCAGGUCGGUCGGUCCCCACUAUGGGCCUGGAGCUGUACCUGGACCUGCUGUCCCAGCCCUGCCGCGCUGUUUAUAUCUUUGCCAAGAAGAACGACAUUCCCUUCGAGCUGAGCAUCGUGGAUCUGAUUAAAGGUCAGCACUUAAGCGAUGCCUUUGCCCAGGUGAACCCCCUCAAGAAGGUGCCAGCCUUGAAGGACGGGGACUUCACCUUGACGGAGAGUGUGGCCAUCCUGCUCUACCUGACGCGCAAAUAUAAGGUCCCUGACUACUGGUACCCUCAGGACCUGCAGGCCCGUGCCCGUGUGGAUGAGUACCUGGCAUGGCAGCACACGACUCUGCGGAGAAGCUGCCUCCGGGCCUUGUGGCAUAAGGUGAUGUUCCCUGUUUUCCUGGGUGAGCCAGUAUCUCCCCAGACACUGGCAGCCACCCUGGCAGAGUUGGAUGUGACCCUGCAGUUGCUCGAGGACAAGUUCCUCCAGAACAAGGCCUUCCUUACUGGUCCUCACAUCUCCUUAGCUGACCUCGUAGCCAUCACGGAGCUGAUGCAUCCCGUGGGUGCUGGCUGCCAAGUCUUCGAAGGCCGACCCAAGCUGGCCACAUGGCGGCAGCGCGUGGAGGCAGCAGUGGGGGAGGACCUCUUCCAGGAGGCCCAUGAGGUCAUUCUGAAGGCCAAGGACUUCCCACCUGCAGACCCCACCAUAAAGCAGAAGCUGAUGCCCUGGGUGCUGGCCAUGAUCCGGUGAGCUGGGAAACCUCACCCUUGCACCGUCCUCAGCAGUCCACAAAGCAUUUUCAUUUCUAAUGGCCCAUGGGAGCCAGGCCCAGAAAGCAGGAAUGGCUUGCCUAAGACUUGCCCAAGUCCCAGAGCACCUCACCUCCCGAAGCCACCAUCCCCACCCUGUCUUCCACAGCCGCCUGAAAGCCACAAUGAGAAUGAUGCACACUGAGGCCUUGUGUCCUUUAAUCACUGCAUUUCAUUUUGAUUUUGGAUAAUAAACCUGGGCUCAGCCUGAGCCUCUGCUUCUAA